UUAGCAGAGGGACUGUCUCUGCCGUCAGCACCAGGCAGAGACCCAGGGAACCGGCCCCAGCUCUUGCCAUGUUUGUCACUGAGGGCUCCCUGGUGGCCGCCAUCUGGGCAGCGCUCCAUGCUAGGACUCUGCUGCUGGCUGCUGUCACUUUCCUGCUCCUGACCAACUUCCUAAUAAACAGGCGCCCCAAGAACUGCCCUCCAGGGCCCUGGCGCCUGCCCUUUGUGGGAAACUUGCUCCAGUUGGAUUUGGAACAGUCGCAUCUGGCAGUUCAGCAGUUUGUGAAGAAGUACGGAAACCUAAUUAGCCUGGAUUUUGGUAACAUCCCUUCAGUGGUCAUAACUGGACUGCCCUUAAUCAAAGAAGCUUUCACUCACAUGGAACAAAACUUCUUGAAACGCCCCAUCACACCUCUCAGAAAACGCGUCUUUAAUGACAAUGGAUUGAUCAUGUCUAAUGGUCAGACAUGGAAGGAGCAAAGGAGGUUUGCACUAAUGACACUCAGGAACUUUGGAUUGGGAAAGAAGAGCUUAGAGCAGCGCAUACAAGAGGAGGCCCUCCAUCUUGUGGAAGCCAUAGGAGAGGAGGAAGGAAAGCCUUUUGACCCUCACUUCAAUAUCAACAAUGCAGUUUCCAAUAUCAUUUGCUCCAUCACCUUCGGGGAGCGCUUUGAGUACCAUGACAGUCAGUUUCAGGAGAUGCUGAAGCUACUGGAUGAAGUCACGUGUUUGGAGGCAUCAAUGAUGUGCCUGCUCUACAAUGUCUUUCCAUCCAUAAUGAAAUAUCUUCCUGGAUCACACCAGACAGUUUUCAGAAACUGGGAAAAACUGAAACAGUUUGUGUCCCACAUGAUGCACAGUCACCGGAAAGAUUGGAAUCCUGCUGAACCGAGAGACUUCAUUGAUGCUUUCCUCACAGAAAUGUCAAAGCACCCAGACAAGACUACAAGUUUCAAUGAAGAAAACCUCAUCUGCAGCACUCUGGACCUUUUCUUUGCUGGAACAGAGACAACAUCCACGACCCUGCGCUGGGCUCUGCUCUACAUGGCUAUAGACUCAGCAGUGCAAGAAAAAGUACACACUGAGAUUGACAGAGUGAUUGGCCGUGGGAGGCAGCCAAGCACAGCUGACCGGGAGUCCAUGCCCUACACCAAUGCUGUCAUCCAUGAGGUGCAGAGGAUGAGCAACAUCAUCCCCUUGAAUGUUCCCAGGGAAGUGACAGCUGAUAGCACAGUAGCUGGAUUCCAUCUGCGUAAGGGGACCAUGGUCCUGACCAAUUUGACUGCUCUGCACAUGGACCCCAAAGAGUGGGCCACUCCAGACACCUUCAAUGCAGAGCAUUUUCUGGAGAAUGGGGAGUUUAAGAAGAGAGAUCCUUUCUGCCUUUCUCAAUGGGAAAGCGAGCUUGCCUCGGAGAACAAUUGGCCAGGUCUGAGCUCUUUAUUUUCUUCACUGCUCUUGUGCAAAAAUUUACUUUCAAGCCGCCAGUCAAUGAGAAGCUGAGCCUGAAGUCUAGAUUUGGCAUGACCAUUUCCCCAGUCAGUCAUCAUCUCUGCGCUGUCCCUAGACUGUGAAGUCAGGCAGAAAGAGAAAAAAGAACAACUGAGAAAUCCUUUGAGCCACUGGGGCCAUCAUAUGUGAAGGGAGAGAAGGAAGGUGACCAGGGAAGGAUGGGAAGAUUAGGGUACAGUUAUUGGAUCCAUGUCCUAGACUGCUGUAUCCUGUAAAUUGGUGGUGGAUACGUCACUUAUAAAUUGUUUCUUGUGAAAGUGAUACAGAGAUCUUUCCUCCAUAAUAGUCUGCGGAGGCUUGCUGUGAAUAAAACUGAAAACCAACUAUGUCUGUAAGACUAUGCUAUGAUGUCAUUUCCCUGACUCUAAGUGGAAUCUCCAAAACUAAAGAGAGCACAGGCUGUCCUUAAAAUUUAAGGUGUUUGUGCCUAAGAUGAGAUCAAAUUUUACUUGGGCAAAAGACCUGCUUCUGUUCUCAGAGUGGAUACAUAUUUCCCAAAAUGAUUCAUAUAUACUCAAAUGCUCCACAGUGCCAGUUUAUGCCAAUAAAUUUAUAGUGUGGCUUAGUUCUACAAUCUGGAAUAAGUAAUUUAUUAGAUAUUGCUCCAUGGAGUGGCAAGAGACUUAUUCAUAUGUUCACCCAGGCAUACAGUUAAUUUUUUACUCAAAACAGAGCUGAAAAUUACUUGUGAAAUGAAGGGUAUCAAGGAAAAGCACAUACUGAAAAAUCUCUGUUCUGCACUAUGAUGGAUUCUUAAAAGAAAUCCCACAUUAGUUCAGAAUUGAGAAAUAGAUGGUUAUUUAUUUAGGGGUAGACUUGCAAAUCAGAAUCCUCUGUUUGAAGAGAGAUCAGAAAACAAAUCCCACAACCAGAACAGAGAGGCCAGAAAAGUGGCCGGACUCAUGCUCUACAUUGGCAUAAAUAGUAUAAGAGGCCACGCCCCAGUGAGCCCGUAACCACUAGCUUUAAGACUUCCUAUAGUGCCUCCCCCUUUUGUUUGAAUAAGAGAGUGCUAAGCCUAAUACAAAAUUAUAUACAAUAAGAACAAAUAUAUUCAAAUAUUAUCCUAUCCUAACUAGUUUAACUCAUAUAAUAAAUAACUUGGCCAAGUCAUGAGAGGAAAGUAACUACAACUAUCUAGUCUUCAACCCUAUCAAAGAUCCAAGAAGGGAAGUAAUAUUACUUCAGUAAGCAGGAAACACAAUCAAGCAACUUCCAAAAAUGUGCAACAAAUGACAGCGACACUGGCUACCUGGGAAACCACCCAAAGUCUCAUUUGCAACAUUGAAGCAACCAAAUUUGGCUAAGGCUUAGAAUAACUGACAUAUUAUUUUCAGAGGCAAGAAAUUUUUCAAAACCUUCAUAUCUUGUCUUGGCAAGAUUUGAUCCUGCUUAUUCAUUCCUGGAUAUCCUGUAUUUUGUCAGUGGUUGAGGCAUGGGCAUUUCUUUGCUCUAAGGCCAGUUUUGCCAAGAAGAAAACAAGCUCCAAGUGGAAUGUCUUUGGUGUUCAACAUUCUCUCAGGAAUAGAUCAGUGCUGCCAAGAGCAAUUGUGUCUCACUUCAACAGAACCCUAAGUUGUUUAAAUGCCCUAUUCUACAACUCUUUGAAGUGGUUGAAGAUUACCUAUCUAUGCAGAAUAAAAUCUCUUUGUAACCGAUGACCCUGAUUAGUCUAACUAUAAGUAUGACAAAGAUAGAUUACUAUUGAUCUAUAAUCCUUAAUACCUCUAUAACUUAAAGACUAAGACUUCAUAUUAGAAUAUUAUAAAAUAAACAAUUGUGCACAAAUGAGGACAAUGUACCAUGUUACCACAUGAGCCACAAAAUUUGGGAGUAGUUGAUUAUGACUCCUCAUGGAAAUGUCUACCUAUGCAUCAGUACCUUUUUUAAUGUUCAUAGAAAGUAUAUAAACUUAGUCUCCCUCCCUUUCAAGAAUUAUACAAAGAGCUUGUGAUUGCUCCUUACAACUGUCAUUCCUCAUUGAUUCUAGAUGCCCCACUACUCCUUCCCUUUUCGUGAUGCUCUAAUAUUCCCUACCAUCUUUAUUUCUACCUGACACGUUGGAUACAAGCCAUAUGGCAGGAAAGGAAGUCAUUUUAUUAAACGUAUUUCAGAAAAUGGAUCUUCUCUUAAUACAUUCCUACAAAGAAACAUAGCAGUGGAUUGCUACAGUGAACACCUAAAAUAGGACAGGGCUUUGUGGAAGGAAGAAACUUAGUCAGAACAGAAAUGACCAGAAUAUCCAGUCUUUACCUACUUGUCCAAUACCAAGCCUCCUGAUCCCACUUUUGUGCUAAACAUCAAAAGGGAAAGUAAGAAAAAAAUUAGUAUAACAGGCUUGAGGAUAGGAACAUGGAUCAUGUGACUUCAUGUAACCUUUUAAACCUGUAAUCUUGGGUUUUCUUCCUUUAAAUGGGGUCAAAGAGGAUUGAAAGAUGGUUCAUAGGUAAAGGACACUAGCUGCUCUUCCGGGGAACCCAGUUCUGAUACCUAGCACUCAGCUGCAACCAUUUGUCAAUACUGCUUCCAGGGAAUCUGAUUCCCUCUUCUGGUCUCCACAGGUACCAUUCACAUACAUGUUCAUGAAAAACAUCAAUACAUAAUUUUUUAAAUAAAAUGGGCUAUAGGAGAAUAAAUAUUGCCAUCUGGUGGAAAUGGUAAAAUGCAGAACUGAAAAAUCUUACAGAGUAAAGCAUUUUCUGUUGUAGGACUCCAUAAGGAAACAAGACAAGGUUGCUCUAUCCCCAAUCUACCUGUCAUAUGACAUUCCUUGAAAUACCUAUGUCUAUUCAACCCAGUUAGGCAGAGCACCAAUCAACCACAGAAAGUCCAACUUUGUGAGUCAGUAAUUGGGAGUGGGGUAUGAAAGGAGCAUGGAUGAUUCAAAGGCAUCUGAACCAAAGAGUGCCUUGUUUAACUGACAGGCAGCUUUACAGCUGAAGAGUCCCUUCUCCAUUCCCUGACCAAGCAACAACUUUCAGUUUGUAUAACCUCGGGCAUGUAGAUGGUGACCUUUCUCACUUCUCUGAAGCAAUCUUAGUACCCCCUCCCAAGGGUUAUCCUAGCUGUGGUGAAACACCAUGACCCUUGGGAGUGGGGUGAUUUGAAUGUUAAUCUCCAAGAAGUGAAACUGGUUAGGAAGGUUUAAGAAGUAUAGUUUUGUUGCAGUAACUAUGGUCGUAUUGGGGGGAAAUGUGUCAGUAUGGGUAAACUUUGGGGUUUCAAAAGCCCACACCAGGACCAGUGUAUCUCUCUCUCUCUCUCUCUCUCUCUCUCUCUCUCUCUCUCUCUCUCUCUCUCUCUCUCUCUCUUUCUCCCUCUCUUUCUCUCGUUCCCAGUAGAUCAGCAUACAAAGCUCUCAGACACUUCUCCAGCACCAUGUCUUCCGGCCUGCCACCACACUCCACACCAUGAUAAUAAUGAAUUACCACUUAGAAUGAGGAAGAAAGCCUUCAGUUAAGGGCUUCCUUUAUAAGAUUUGUCUUGAUCGUGGUAUCUUUUCAUAGCAAUAGAACACUAAGACAAGGAAGAAAGGCUUUAUUGCCUUACAUGUCCACUGAGGGUAAGCCAAGGUUUGCGGGGGGGGGGGGCAACAGGAAGUGGGAAGACUUAGGGAGCCUUAAAAUAUUUUGCCCUUAAGACUCCCCUUCAGGGUUCAAUUAAGGAUGCCACAGAGAGCUAAAGGGAGGCUAGAAAUCUGAGGGUAAAGAUUUGAGGGUUAAAAAUCUUCUCAACAAAAAUUCUCCAUCCAUAUUUCUUUAUUCUUCUUUCUCAUGUCUAGCAAUUCUUCCUUGCUUUCUCUUGUUCUUUGUUCUACCUGUCACAAAUGUUCCCAGUCAUGUAUAUGCUUUAAACAAUCAGUUCCAGAGUCCCAGCAGACUCCAGGGCCAGAAUUCUUUUGCCAAUUAGAAAAUCAUUUAAGGGUUUGCACACAUACACAUAGAUCCAUGGGAGUGGCUAGUACAUGGCAGGUGAACUCCUUGAUGGAGAAAAGUAAUUAAGAAAGAAAUUAAAUAAUUAGGAAAUUCUAGAUGGGAAGGUUAGUGUGCUAUAUUACAUGUUAAGUGGUUAGUAAAGGGCUAAAAGGUUUGUUUUCAAUAAAAUUACAAAUAGGGCACGGAUUAUUUAAACCAUCAUGCCACUUCUUUUCUCUCAGUGUGCAUAGAAAAUAACAGGGAACUAGGCAACCUAUGUAAACAGUAAUGGAGAAGCUGAUGGUUCUUAAUCAUAUAGCACAUAUACCAGACCAUGCAGUUUCUAUCUAUAUUCCUAAGUCUGGAGUUUUGCUCUAGAAGAUAGAAACAAAGAAGGGACCUAAGCCUCUAAAUUUUCAGUUCUGGAGUAUGAUGUUAUCAGCUCUCUGAUCUUAGGGUAAAACCAGAGCAGCAGCUUGACCAGGUGGUAAUUUUAUGUCUUUGGAGAUCUGUGACUAUCUUAAAUGGGAUGCUCUUUGCCUGGACCCUAAACUCUUACCAAAUGCUUGCUGAUAAAGGUAAUUGCAGGAAGGCAGAUUUCUGCACUUACCUAGAGGAGAGGAACUGAGGCCUGGCGGUGAGAAACUGCUCCCACAAAAUAGUUCUGAACUGAGGAAUUAAUUUCCAAAUAUGUAACAGAAAGAGUGUUAGUUACAGCAAAAAAAUAUAUGCAGCAAUGUACAGUCAUUUUAUUCACAAAACAAUAAUACCAAAAAGCAUUGUCUUUUGUUUAGCCUUUAGCAGAUACCUUGGUUCUGAUAAGUUGCUUGUGAAAAUUUGGCUGAGCAAUUACUGUAUAAUUUUGCAACUUGUAGCAAUAAUUCUCCUCAAAACAACAUAGUUAAGUCUGUCACAGCAAUACCCCACUACAGGUAUCAAUUUUUGCCUUAGCUAGACCUACUAUUUCUGUGAAGUAAUAUCAUAACCAAAGUCAACUUGGGGAGGAAAUGGAUUUUUGGUUUACUAUUCCUAAGACACAGUCCAGUGAUGGAAACCAAGGAAGGAACUCAAACCAGACAAGAAUAUGGGGGCAGAAUUUUAUGCAAAGGCCAUGAAUAAUUUUGCUUAGUGGUUGGUUCAGCCUGUCCAGAAUGGGAUACAAAUUUUACAUUAAAGGAAAAGUGCUGCAGGUGAAAAAGAAAAGAUCAAGGGUGAGUUGGUAGGUCAGAGAAGCUAGAACCGGUAGCUUGUCAUGAAUCAGUGAGUAUUUGGUGGACAUAGAAUGCUGAAUCCAUGGCUAUUCUGCCUGGAAACUUACCUUUUUAAAAAGUAUACUGGGAAAGAGGAACUAUCUAAUGGAAUCAUGCAAUUGUACACAGAUUAAAGUAUAAAUUAUAAUGUCUGAGUUAUAAGUUAUAUAGGAAUAUUAAGAAGAUGAUCAGGUUUUACACUUAAACAGUCAGAGAACUGGUAGAUCGCGCAUGAAAUUUCUUUUUUUUUAUGAAAUUUCUUUAAAAAAAAAUAAGAAAGACAUAGCCCUGAGGGCUGGGUAUUGGUGUGACAUGACCAUUACAAUGUUGAAUCAAUAUUAGCAGUGCAUCUACAUGAAAUACUCAGCGUGAGACUAGUUUUUUUUUUCUUUUUUUUCUUUUUUUUAAUAUUUAUUUAUUUAUUUAGGUGUACAGCAUUUCUUCCAUGUGUGCCCGCAAGCCAGAAGGGGUGCCAGUUCUCAUUACAGAUGGCUGUGAGCCACCAUGUGGUUGCUGGGAAUUGAACUCAGGACCUCUGGAAGAGCAGGCAGUGCUCUCAACCUUACCUUGUAGCCUAUUCUUUUUUUUUUAUUUUAUUGAGAAUAAGAAAAAAAAAGUUUCCGCCUCCUCCCAGCCUCCCAUUUCCCUCCCCCUCCCCCCACUCUUCUCCCCCUCCCCCCUCUCUCCUCCCCCUCCCCCCACUCCUCUCCCCCUCCCUCUCCUAUCCAAAGAGCAGUCAUGGUUCCCUGCCCUGUGGAAAGUCCAAGGUCCUCCCCCCUCCGUCCAUGUCUAGGAAGGUGAACAUCCAAACUGGCUAGGCUCCCACCAAGCCAGAACAUGAAGUAGGAUCAAAACCCCUUGCCAUUGACCUUGGCUUCUCAUCAGUCCUCAUUGUUCGCCAUGAUCAGAGAGUCCGGUUUUAUCCCAUGCUGUUUCAGUCACAGUCCAGCUGGCUUUGGUGAGCUCCCAAUAGAUCAGCCCCACUGUCUCAGUGGGUGGGUGCACCCCCCGUGGUCCUGACAUCCUUGCUCGUGUUCUCCCUCCAUCUGGUUCUCAUUGGGACCUUGGGAGCUCAGUCCAGUGCUCCAGUGUGGGUCUCUGUCUCUAUCUCCAUCCAUCACCAGAUGAAGGUUCUAUGGUGAUAUGAAAGAUAUUCAUCAGUAAUGCUAUAGGAUAGGGUCAGUUCAGGUUCCCUAUCCUCAGCUAAGGGGGGACAGGGAGAGUAAAGUAAGAAGGGGAGGAUUGGGGGAACUUGGGGAAACAGGAAGAUUGGGAUAAAGUGAGACUAGUUUUGAUGUCAACUUGAAACAAGUUAGAGUCAAAUUAAAUGAGGGAACCUAAACUGAGACACUGCCUCCAUAAAAUUGGGCUGUAGGCAACACUGUAGGGUAUUUUCUUAACUAGAGACUGAUGGUAGGUGGUACCAGCCAUGGAAUAGUGGUCCUGGGUACUAACAGAGAACAGACUCAGCUCCCUGCAGAAUGCAUUGGUCCUCCAAGCAGUCACUUCUUGAUACCUUAUACGACUUUGUGGCAACUGAGAAUACAGGUAUGCACUGAGUCUCACAUCCUUGCCAUAAGGGGCUGAGAACUGUCUGCUGGAGAGUGACCACAUAGCAUUCAUGUGUGUGUAUAUGGUGUGUGUCGAAAAUAUGCCAUCUAACAGGCAUGAGCCCCCUUUUCAGAACACUGCCAUGCUGUCCUGGCAUUAAUAAUGUCAUUAAUAAGGCCAUCACCUGUGAGAGAGUUUGUCUAAACGAUUCUUUCUUGAACUUACCACCUCUCCUCUCAAUAUCUAAAAUCUAUUACAUUCUAAAUCACUACUCUGAAAACUCCAAUACUACAUUGUGUCUUGAAUUUCAUCAUCAUCAUCAUCAACAGCCCCUAUUAAAAAUCUUAUUAUGAGCAUAUAUGUAUUGUGCAAAUUAUUGGAUUGUAUUAUGUUUUCAUGUACACAAACCACAUACCUUUCUCACAUCCUUCACCAGUUCUAGUUUGCUUUCUGCUACUGUGAUAAACUCCAUGACCAGAAGCAGCAUAGGGGAAGAAAGAGGUGGUUUCAGCUCCCACUUGCACAUGACAGGCUCUCAUUGAGGAAGUCAGGAACUCCAACAGGAACUGAAACAGAAGCCUUGACCAAAAACUGCUUCCUGGCUGGCUAUUGUUCUCUCUGACUCUCUGCUAGCAUUAUUCUAUUACUCAGACCUGUCAGUUGAUCUAAAGUGCUCUCUCUCACUCUCUCUCUCUCUCUCUCUCUCUCUCUCUCUCUCUCUCUCUCUCUGUCUUUGUGUGUUUUCUUUCUCACUCUAUGUCUAUCUUUGUUUCUGUCAUCCUCUGUGUCUCUGUCUCUCUCUCUCUCUCUCUCUCUUCUCUCCUUUCUGGCCUGAAGCUGGUGCAUUUUGAAAGGGAGUGUUGAAAUGCCUACAAGUGGGUAUAAAGGAAAACAGGAAUCCAGGAAUCCACAUGUUCCCACAAUUCUACUGCAGGAGAUGAAGAAGGAAAGUCAAGACUGUCUUGAAACAAGAAGUGAAUUGGUGUUGUUGUGUCAUCUUCA